UAAAGGAUUAUGUAGAACAAAUUUUAAUUGAAAACAGUGAUGACACAAAUAACGAUGAUGAUGCUCAAAAUAAUCAUUCCGAUUUCUUGUUUUUUGUUAUUAGUGGCCAUACCAAACGCUAUUGAGGCUGUAUGUCGUUGUAGUGGUUCAAGUACAAGAGAAUAUUGUGGUACCGAAUUGAAUCGUAUCAAUCGUAAUCAGGAUUGUACACGAGAUCAAUAUCUAUGUGGUCCAUCUAAUCGUCGUGGACAAGCUAUUGUUGUGAAAAAAUGUCGUCAAGGUUAUGAAUGUGAUGUUCAACGUGAAGGCUACAGUAACGCUUGUCUCUUGGAUAUUGAUUGUCAUUGUCCAUCUAAUCUUCAAGCUGAUGGUCGUACCCGAUACUGUGGUGAUCGUCUAAGUGGUCGUGAUUGUAAUUCAUCUAUUGUAUUUACUUGUGGUCGAAGUUAUCCAAAUCCGAUCGAUGCAUGUCCGAAUGGUUGCCGUGAUGGUCAUUGUGUUUAAAAUAUAAUGAAUAUAUGAGUACAUUUCAAUGACAGAAUACAUUUUAUAAGAUCCUAAUUCAUGGAUCAGGAAUUUUCGACGAAAAUAAAAUCUUUUGCACAAUCUUUUUUUGUCACUUAAUAAAUUAUGGAUGGUAGUUGAAAAUUAUA